GUGCUGCGGUGGGCGCGCCCAUAGCCGCCCGCCCGGGCGGGGCGGGCCCUGUGGCGGGCUGGCAGCGAUGGCGGCGGCCGAGGUGGCGCGGCAGGGUGAAGGCUGUCGUACCGUCCCGCUUUCUGGACAUGUAGGAUUUGACAGUUUGCCUGACCAGCUGGUUAAUAAGUCAGUUAAUCAUGGGUUUUGUUUCAACAUCCUGUGUGUGGGGGAGACUGGCCUUGGUAAGUCCACCCUCAUGGACACACUUUUCAACACCAAGUUUGAAGGUGACCCAGCAUCACACUCACAGCCCGGGGUCCAGCUGAAAUCCAAUACCUAUGACCUGCAGGAGAGCAACGUCAACCUCAAACUCACUAUUGUGAGCACAGUGGGCUUUGGGGAUCAGAUCAACAAAGAGGACAGCUAUAAGCCCAUCGUUGAGUUCAUUGAUGCUCAGUUUGAAGCCUACUUGCAAGAAGAACUGAAGAUAAAGAGGGUCUUGCACAAUUACCAUGACACACGAAUCCAUGCGUGCUUGUACUUCAUCGCUCCGACAGGCCACUCACUGAAGUCCCUGGACUUGGUAACAAUGAAGAAGCUUGACAGCAAGGUGAACAUCAUUCCCAUUAUUGCCAAAUCUGAUGCCAUUUCCAAGAGUGAGCUGACCAAAUUUAAAAUUAAAAUCACAAGUGAACUGGUCAGUAAUGGGGUCCAGAUCUACCAGUUCCCAACAGACGAUGAAUCAGUGGCGGAGAUAAAUGGGACAAUGAACGCCCACCUGCCGUUUGCAGUGAUCGGGAGCACGGAGGAGCUGAAAAUAGGAAACAAAAUGAUGAAAGCUCGUCAGUACCCCUGGGGCACAGUGCAGGUGGAGAAUGAAGCUCACUGUGACUUUGUGAAGCUGAGGGAGAUGCUGAUCCGCGUGAACAUGGAGGACCUUCGCGAACAGACCCAUACACGCCACUACGAGCUGUACCGGCGGUGUAAGCUGGAAGAGAUGGGUUUCAAGGACACUGAUCCAGACAGCAAGCCCUUCAGCUUACAAGAAACUUAUGAAGCCAAAAGAAAUGAGUUUCUGGGGGAACUGCAGAAAAAAGAAGAGGCAAUGAGGCAAAUGUUUGUCCAGAGGGUCAAGGAAAAGGAAGCAGAGCUGAAAGAGGCUGAAAAAGAGCUGCAUGAAAAGUUUGAUCGCCUGAAGAAGUUACAUCAGGAUGAAAAAAAGAAGCUAGAGGAUAAGAAGAAGUCUCUGGAUGAUGAAGUAAAUGCAUUUAAACAAAGGAAGACAGCAGCUGAAUUGCUUCAGUCUCAAGCUCAGCAAGCUGGAGGAUCACAAACUCUUAAAAGAGAUAAGGAAAGGAAAAACUUUUUUUAAUCUGUCUUCGCCAGCUGCACUGGGUCUGAGGGAGAAGACUGCAACUUCUAGAAGAGUUAAAGGGUCCUAUGUUUGGGGAGGGGGGGGACAAAUCUUCAGUGUUAGUGUUUUGGAAAGAAGCUCUUUUACUGACUUGCAUGGUAUCUGAAGUUGAAGUGUCUUGUAAUUUGUGUGACAAGACAGGGUAAGACGCGGGGGAACGGAUGGUUCGCUUGGAAUUUCGGAGAGCAACAGAGCCGUGAAGUUCAGACUAACAAUGUAGCGAAUACAUUUUCAAACAUUGCUGUGGGCAUAUUUUUUUCCCCCCUAAUUUCGUCUUUAGUAAUAUAAAUGUCAUGGGCUUCCGUGAGGUGCGAAGCCUAAGGAGUAUUUUCAAUAUGCUGUUGUUUGGUUAUGGAAACUGUGCAUUCAGAAUCGAAUAUAAACAUGGUGCAAUUUCCUGUUGGCAGCCACGAACUAUUUAAUUUUAACCAAGAAAUAAAGCAAGAACUGUGUGUUUUCAUUGGUGUCCUGUGUCUCACCACCUUACUAAGUAAGCUCCAUUGGCUGGUGGACUUAGGUCAAAGGGUACUUUAGGGUUUUUUUUUUGGUUAAACCUCUUCUUAAAAGUUUUAAAAAAUGUUAGCAGACAGCUAACUGGCAGCUGGUAUGAAAAGGGUCCGCCUGUGUGCCCCGCGAGUAGGGUGCGUGCUGGAGCCAGCCCUUGCACUUCCCGCUCCUCCGUCCUGCUCUGCUCCCUGCAUGCUUUCCCAGCUGCCGUCUUCUCGCCGCACUCCUCCGUUGGUUUCCUCUGUACAAGUGGCAGCGUGCGAGAGCCGCACCGAGUUCCCUAUGUACACAAUAAGCAUUGAAGAACCAGCACUGUUCAGCCCGAUACCUUUCUAACGUUAAUGUCGAUUUUAAAUAAAAAACAGGAAAGCC